GCACCUGUGAGACUCCACUGAGGGCAGACAGACACCACUGCUCCUACUAUGAGACCAUAUCCUGUUUACGGUUCUAUCUGCCGUAACUUUGUGAAAAAGGUUCUGGGUUGGUUCGUGCCUAAACGGGGGAAGAAGUGUUAUGCUAAAUGCGAUCCAAACACGAUUGAGCUGCUGGAUCUGAAAGGAACUCUCAACCGUGCCUCAGUUCCUGUCAGCCCCCAUCAUGUCUUGCCGGGACAUCCAUGCCACUAACGCAUUCGCCUUCAUCAUUGCCAUUGUUUCUGUGGGAGGGAUUGCUGUGGCAGCGUUAAUCCCACAGUGGCGAGUAACCAGACUCGUCACCUUCAAUCGUAAUGCCAAGAAUAUCAGCGUGUAUGACGGGCUGUGGGCUAAAUGUGUGAAACAGGAUGGCUAUUCAGGAUGUUACUACUAUGAUUCAGAGUGGUACGCUAAAGUGGACCAGCUGGAUCUGCGGCUGCUGCAGUUCUGUCUGCCGACAGGUCUGCUGCUAGGCUCUUUGGCCCUGCUGCUGUGCAUGUCAGGGAUGUGUAAGACCUGCUGCUGCUCAGACAAGCCUGAACCAGACAUUAAGACCAUCAGGUUCCUAGUCAACAGUGCAGGCUGUCACCUGGUGGCAGGGACGUUUUUGUUUCUAGGAGGAGCUGUCGCCCUGGCACCAUCAGUCUGGUUCCUGUUUCGCACCAAGGAAAUGAACAAAAGAUAUGACAACAUUUUUUCUGAUGGCUUUGCUGCGUAUGUAUCCAUUGGCUGCUCUGGGGGACUAAUGCUGGCUUCUCUGCUGAUGUUCAUGUGGUACUGUAUGUGUAAAAAGUUGCCUUCGCCCUUCUGGUUGCCGCUGCCAACUUUGCCUACCUCUCUGUCAACUCAGCCUCUCACUGCCAAUGGAUAUCCCCCCUCCCCGGUUUAUGGUCCUCAGCCUUUCCCACCUCAAACAUAUCCUCCUACUGUGAUCGACACCCAGCCUUAUUUGCCAUCCCAGGGCUACGCACAAAGUGUGAUCACCUCUGCCCCGCCACAGAUGUACAUGUCUCAGAUUUCUGCUCCAGACGGGUAUGGUUCUGAAGUGGGAGGGACCCAGGCCUACAGCUAUGCUCCCUCGCAGAGUUACGCACCCUCGCAGAGUUACGCACCCUCGCAGAGCUAUGCCCCUUCUCAGGCCUAUGGAUCCAGCUAUGCAGGCCAUCGCUACUCUUCCCGCUCUCGCAUGUCUGCCAUCGAGAUCGACAUUCCCGUCCUGACCCAGGGACAGUAAGAGAAGGAAAGCUGAUACCAUCAAAUUCACUCCUGAUAAAACUAACAGAGUGUGAUUGAUGGAAGUUAAUAAUAUGAGAGCUAUUUGCAGUCCCCCAGAGUGAUAGCUUCAAGAAUCCAGUCUGUCAGUCUGGGUCUGUAAAGUGCUGAUUAUAGAAGGUGAGACCCAGUCGAAGAACCCUGGAGGAACUAAAUGAAGGAUGAGAUUUUCUUUGGAAGAAGACCACGAAACCAUCAGAGAAAUAACUCUGCAUUCAGCUUAGUGUUGUAGAAAAGAGAGGAUAUGAAGUUAUUGCUGCCAAAACCAGUGAAAGAAACCUUAACUGACUAUUGUGGCUUAUCUCACUGUUUAACAAGUAGAGUAGGAUAACAUAACAGCUCCUGUUGAAGUGGCCAAUGGACCAACAUACUAGUGCCUACAAAAAGUUGCUAGAAAAGAUGACUCAGCAUAAAUUCCUACUCUAGCCUUCACAGGAACUUAUUCUGGCUGCCAAAAACUGCAGAAAUGGCAAAAUGUUAUCCCUGUUACAUUUGUUUAUGCUGUAUAUACUAUAUAUACUACGAGCUAACACUGAAAUGAUAAAAAUCACUAAACUGUGGAGGUCCUCUGUUCUGAAACCACAGUGUAAUGAAGUCAAACUUUGUGGCUCUGAUGAACAGCUUCUAACUGAACCACGUGUUUGUACUGUAACAUGAAUUAUUGUCUUAAUGUCACAGUGCCCUAUGAAGAGCCGCUGUUCAUGUUUUUAAUGCACUAAUUAUGUGAAUACUAUGUUAGUCUAAAUAGUCUUUGUUCACUGACUUUAUUAGCUUUUAGUAUUUUCUAACACUGCUCCAUCCCUUACGUCAACAUGUACUGCAAUGUUUACGUCACACUAUGAAGUUUUUAAGCUGUGCAGAUUUUUAAUCACUGUUUCCCAACCUUUCACUGCAGAGCCCCCCUGUGGUUAAAACAUUUUUCUAAGCGCCUACUUCCCCCUAGUGAUACGCAUCCAUACAUCCAUUUAUUACCUCCAAUGUCUAUAUGCACUAAAUCACAAUAUCAGACACAUGCUGUACUAACAAAUUAAUGUAUCUUUAGAACACUGUGUAAAAAAACAAAAACAGAACUGCAACUACAGUAAGGGGCAUCGCACUGUAAAACCAACAAGCCACUUUUCCAUUAGAGGCAAUUAAAAAAACACUACAAAAUGCAAGCUCCUAAUUUUUAAUAUGUGGGUGAUCUGCGGCAAGGUAUGGCUUCUCAUAAGUCUUGCCUGUUUUAAAUUUAUGUCAGGUUUGGUGUAUAUUCAGUGUCAGUGCUGCGUUUACCUGGCUGUCCUUUCAUAAAAUCGCCCAUGCUUUGCCAGCAGUGUACACAGUUGCAUUGCAUUACUCAGUCCCCGCCUGUUUGGGAAUCACUGAGUUACCCAUUGUUAUGUAAUUAUGAAGCUUAAUAUUAAAACAAAUAGAAAUAGCAGAAGUGUUGUUCAUCAGAAACUUGCUGAGUAGUAUCAUUAUGCUGAUUAAUGGUGAUAGUAUUAACCUCUUGCCUUCUGUAUGUUUUACAUAAUGAGCACUGAUCAAAAUGUCCUCAUAGUCUAUUGUGCUAAUCGUAUUACUUUACUAAAGGUCACCGAUAUUGUGAAAUGUUUUUCCACACUGUCUUCUUUUUUAUUUUUUAUUAAAACACACAUUAUGGUA